GUUAUCUCGACAUGCAACUUUUCUGGGCUGUCGCCUGUCUCCAGCAACUUUCGCCUUCGUGAUUCAUUUUCCUUUUCCAACAGAGGCUUCGACGCUGUUGUUUGGGCACUCGUUUGCAACGUUGUUUUUCUCGGACCAAGUCGCCCAUUGGUCAGCUGUUUGACACGAAGGAGAGCUGGGAGCUAGAGCCAAGAUGAACGGCGACACUUACUCUUCGAGAGAUUCGGGGCGCUCGAGGGACUAUUACCGAGACGAUCGCCGAGACCGUGACAGAGAUGGACGCGAUAGAGGCGACCGGAAACGCUCGAGGUCUCCUCACCACAACCCCAGAACUUCGCGCCGGGAACAUGAGGUAGAUUCGUACUCGUCUAGCCGCGACUAUCGAGCAAGGGAACGGGAAGACCGUUACUCCGGCCGCAGAGACGAUCGCGAGUGGGACCGAGACCGAGGUGAUAGACGGCGACGGGAUUUUGACGAUCGGGAGCGCCCCUCUCGGCGUGAUAGAGAUCUUUUUGAUGAGCGACCAAGGCGUCGAGACCGUGACCGUGAUGGUGGACGAGAGCGGAAAAGGAGCGCAACGCCGCCAAGGAAGAGGUCGCCGACGCCUGAUCUGACGGACGUGGUUCCUAUCUUGGAGCGCAAGCGUCGCCUGACACAGUGGGACAUCAAACCCCCUGGAUAUGAGAAUGUCCUUGCUGAGCAGGCGAAGCUGUCAGGCAUGUUCCCUCUUCCUGGAGCGCCUCGUCAGCAACCCAUGGAUCCCAGCCGUCUGCAGGCUUUCAUGAACCAGCCUGGUGGCACGGCAGACACCGCUGCUCUCAAGCCGUCCAACUCGCGGCAGGCGAGGCGUCUUUUCGUAUACAAUAUUCCCCCCACUGUUACGGAGGAGAGUCUGGUCUCUUUCUUCAACCUUCAGCUUAAUGGUCUCAAUGUCAUCAAGGGCGUGGAUCCUUGCGUCUCAGCACAGAUGGCUAAGGAUAAGACGUACGCCCUUGUCGAGUUCAAGACGCCAAAUGACGCCACUGUCGCGCUUGCCUUUGACGGAGCUACGAUGGAGGAGCAUGAUGCUAUGAACACUGGUAACGGCGCCACCAAUGGUGGACCCAAAGGCCUUGAAAUCCGGAGACCGAAGGAUUACAUCGUUCCGAACGGAAGUGAGGACCAGGAGUACCAGGAAGGCGUGGUGCACAGUGAGGUGCCUGACUCGCCCAACAAGAUCUGCGUAUCCAAUAUUCCACUCUAUAUCCCCGAGGAGCCUGUCACGAUGCUGCUCAAGUCUUUUGGCGAACUCAAAUCCUUUGUUCUGGUGAAGGACAAUGUCACGGAAGAGUCCAGGGGCAUUGCUUUCUGCGAGUACGCGGAUCCGAAUGCUACUAGCAUUGCCGUGGAGGGUCUUAACGGCAUGGAACUUGGCGACAAGCAUCUGAAAGUUGUGCGCGCUAGUAUCGGCGCUACCCAAGCUGCUGGUCUCGAUAUGGGAGUUAAUGCCAUGUCUAUGUUCGCCAAGACGACUUCUCAGGAUCUGGAAACCAGCCGUGUUUUGCAACUGCUGAACAUGGUGACUCCGGAAGAGCUUAUGGAUAACGAUGACUACGAAGAAAUCUGCGAUGAUGUGCGCGAAGAGUGCCAGAAGUACGGUCAAGUGCUCGAUUUGAAGAUUCCUCGUCCUUCAGGAGGCAGCAGACAGUCUGCUGGUGUCGGCAAGAUCUACGUCAAAUUUGACAGCGUCGAGUCUGCUACCAAGGCAUUGAAGGCGCUGGCUGGCAGGAAGUUCUCUGACAGAACUGUGGUGACUACCUACUUCCCAGAGGAAAAUUUCGAAGUUAACGCUUGGUGAUUCUUGUUCGAUAAUAACCCGUCGAAUGAUCCUAUUGUGUCGGUAGCGCAGGAGAUGCUGGAUUAUCUCGACUACGGCGGACUGUUCGCCGUCUUGCAUUGCCGCAGCCGUCGACUUGAAUCUCAACAAGUGAAUUGUCCUCUUUGUCUUAACAUGAUAUCUCUGAAGUUGUCCCGUAUUUGUCCCUUUCGACGUAUUUCAUUUGAGAGGGUGUGAGCUAUUACGGAGUGAAGCGUUGGUCGGCUGUAUCAUAGUGGAAAUGAUCCCCAAGAAUAUUCCUGCAAUGCCGGUACUAUCUGCGCUGUUUUGUCAUCGAGUCUCGAUAUGUUUCUUUACUUUUUCUCUUCACCAUUGUGUAGCAAUUUGCUCCCUGUCAUGAAAAUAUCUGCGGAAAUUAAAAUUUGAGGAUGGUCCCG